AUUAAUUGACCAAAUUGUGGUUUAUUUUCUCUAUUCCCCUUGAAAUUGCCGACUCAGUAUUGGUAGACGUUGGUUGCAUAACAUGAUAUGCUCCCACAAGCAUGUGACUCGAAAGCAUGUGACGUAUGCGUACAUAAGUGCUCGUGCCUGCCCGCAUUGCGAUUGCGCCUUCCUCAAUCCCUCCUAGUGGCUUCCCCAUUUCUUGCCAACAAUUCUCGCUCCUGCCGUGUGCCUGGCCUGCAGCGGUGGCUUCAUUUGCCUCUUUGCUGUUGAUGCCACCUCUCUUCUCCUGUUGUGUUAGUUACUACCUACUUGUAAAAUAGAUAAAAAAGACAUCUUGAUACGAAUACAUUGGGCGAAAAGGUAAUUGAGGUUCCAACAUUGUCCCAGACUUUUAUGAGGUCAAUUGAUCUUGGACCAUACAAAUACUCAUAUUGUGCCCUCGAUUUCCCCCACCUAACGCACCGCACCGCACUUGGCCCCCGUGGCCCGAGAGCGCCCCCAAAUCCCAAGCAUUAUUAUUCCUCCGGCUUCCGUGUGUGUGCGCCCGCAGUGUGCCUGUCACGCCGCCACUUGCACCUGCCACCUGCCUCCUGCCACCUGUACACGGCAACUGCAACUGCCUAAGUACUAUAGCUAGAUUUUUAGUAGCAAAGGCAAGCACUACUACCUAAUACGUACACGCACUUCCUACUACUACUCACCAGCCUCUCCCACCAUCCAACCCUCAUCCGCUAUCCACAAUCCACACCCACUUCCGGCACCUCAACUCUCCUCUCUGUCCACCUUGAGAUAAACUGAUCCCUCACUCAGCCUUCCACAGACAAAGUCGCACAACGAGCUUGGCUAUAGAUUCUCUCAAAAAUCAUCAUUCACCAUGUCGGGCGAGGCGUGGCUAUACCUGCUUGCGGUCCUCAUCAAUGCCGUCAAUCUCUUCCUCCAGGUCUUCUUCACCAUCAUGUACAGCGAUUUGGAAUGUGAUUAUAUCAACCCUAUCGAUCUCUGCAACCGCCUCAACACCUACAUCAUCCCCGAAGCCGGUGUCCAUGCCUUCUUGACCUUCCUGUUCCUUAUCAAUGGUUACUGGCUGGCAAUAUUCUUGAACUUGCCUCUACUAGCCUUUAAUGCAAAGAAGAUAAUUGACAACCAACACCUCCUUGAUGCAACCGAGAUCUUCCGCAAGUUGAAUGUACACAAAAAGGUGAGCAUACCGUCAUGAGCAAAGCAACCGCAUGAGAUAAACAAUCCGCUGACAUGUGGAAACACCAGGAAUCCUUUAUCAAACUUGGUUUCCACCUCGUCAUGUUCUUCUUCUACCUUUACAGCAUGAUCGUUGCUCUGAUUCGAGACGAGUCUAACUGAUCUUGCGGUCUGAUCCCGCAUGCUGUAAGGCAUCGGAGCUAUGUUGAAGGCACCUCCUCCGUUCGGAUACCCUUGGAGGCCCCGGCUUGAGCAUCUUGAUAAGGAUUCCUUGCAAAGAAGAUAUGGCGAUGUACCACAUGUAAAGGCAUGCCUGGUGGGCUUUGGAUGCCGGGCAAGGCUGUCGAUGUUGACCCAGUCACUUUGACUAGAUGUUCCAAUUCGUUGGACAUGUUGACCCCGAUCAGAACAUACGACCAUGUCGUCCAAGGAACACAGAUAUGCUCACCUAAAUCCUUGCAUAUGACGAAAGGUAUGGCUCCUACAGCUUAGACACAGCUCUCCAGGCCGUUCCGGCAUUUGUCUCCCCCUUGGCGAGAUCCGAGCGCAUGGCAACGGAUAGGAGGAAGAGGAAGGGGAAGAGGAAGAAGAGAAACGCGCGUCUGAUAGACUGUUCCGAGAGAACAUCAUGAAUCACGUCAUUUGUCGGUGUACUGUUUGAACCAUGACUGGUAUGACGGCUUUGAUCGUCUACCAGCUUCUUGGGUAGACUUGGAAAAGUCUCUAGGACAAGCUGCUACACAACAAUCAAUUAUAUCUGUUUCAAUACGUACCCAAGGAGGUAGACCAAAUGCUUCCAGUUAGAAGAGGAUGGGGUAUACGAAAAAGCUAGCUUUGCGUGAGCGACCAACGUUUCAAAGAACAAGUAGCCAUAAAUUGCAAGAUAUGACUGUGUACAGGUCCCAUGCUUCCAACAAUGGUGAAUGCAGUUUCUUCAUAUAUCAUAUUGAUCAUCAAACGAGCAGAAGUAAUAUAUAGAAUAAAUUAAGGAUGUCUGACCGUUGGCUUUCUCACCCAAAGGAAGUAGUCUGGCAUUUGGGAG